UAUCUGAGGGGGCUAAGGCCCUCCCUGAAUGAAACUUUAGAAAAUAUAUUAAACAAUUCGUCAACACCAAUUUCAAGUCCUAAACCUUAAAAGUCUUGAUUGUUUCUCCAUAUCCAAAUAUGUAUAUGUAUAUGCAUAUGCAUCAAAGUACCAUAUAAAAACAUACGCAAUCUGUAUCUCAAAAUAAAAGUAAAUGCAGAGCUUUGACUUUUGAUAUCAAGAAAUUAAAGAUUUUCACCUUAUGGAUGAUGACAUGAAAAGAGACUUAUUCAAUGAGCUACCUUUUUUCUUAAAACAUCUUUGUAACUCCCAGAAACUCUCAAGUCUUCAGGUUCUGCAACUACGCCAAAUACACGGACGGCUGCGGUUUGACGAUGUCGAUAGACAACACUGCCUUUGCUGGUCUUUUUGAAUCCUUGUUGGCUGAUAUUACAGUAGUCACAGAAUCAGUAGAGUGCAUAGAAGUAGAGCAGGAGAGUUUCUUUGAAGCUGGAUGCUACCUUUAUCGAGUUUUUCCAGUGAUAAUGGAGUUGAAGUAUACUGAGAAAACCCCGAAAAAUGCAAAACAGAUUUUAGAAACUAUUUCCCAGAAUGUCAAUCUGGCAAAAGAUCUUGUGGGAGAUUGCGAUAAAAAUAACCAACCAGUUUCAGAUUCUGAACUUGGAAGCAUCAUAGGCCAGCUGGAAGGGGUGAUAAAAGACAUAGGUGAGUGUUUGUGCUUGAUACCAUCUGCAACAUUUGGGGGCGAGGGAUAUGCAGAAACUGCAGUCCGGUCUCUUUCAGAGGAACUGCAGAAUGUCCACUUCAAAGUUAAGAGACCUCAAGAACUACGAACUAAAGAGCUUGAACCACAGAUGUCUUUUGCAGCAGAGCAGCAUAAGAAAUCUAAAAUGGCAACAGAAAGUUCUCAAAUGCCACAACUAACGCAGAAUGUCCACAUUGAAGUUAAGCAACCUCAACCUCAAGAACUACGAACCAAAGAGCUCAAACCGCAGACAUCUUUUGCAACAGAACCGCAUAAGAAAUCAAAAAUGGAAAUAGGAAGUUCUGAAAUGCCACAACUAAUGCAGAAUGUCCACAUUGAAGUUAAGCAACCUGAAGAUCUACGAACCAAAGAGCUCAAACCACAGAUGUCUUUUGCAAAAGAACCACAUAAGAAAUCAAAAAUGGCAACAGAAAGUUCUCACAUGCCACAACUAAUGCCAAUGGAUUCAGAUCUUUACUCUGUCAAUGUGGAAGUCUCUGUUUCCACAGAAAGUUCUCAAGCUUCGAACAUGCCAUGCCUAAAUGAUUUCCUUAAAAUUACAAAUCAGAAAAGCCAGAAUGAGAACGUAAACAAAUCCUUGUCCACAUUGCCACAGGUAGCUCAUUAUAUCGAACCUAUGUAUGACACUUUCUUCUGUCCAUUGACUAAGCAGAUUAUGGAUGACCCAGUUACCAUUGAGAGUGGAGUGACAUAUGAGAGGAAGGCGAUAAUGGAGUGGUUUGAAACGUUCAGUCAUCUAGAGGAUAUAAUCUGUCCAACAACAGGGAUGAAGCUCACGAGCAGGGUUUUAAGCACCAAUGUUGCUCUAAAGACCACAAUAGAGCAAUGGAAGGAUAGGAAUGAAGCUGCAAGGAUCAAGGUUGCUCGUGUGGCAUUAUCUUUGGCUAGUUCGGAUAAUAUGAUACUAGAGGCAAUAACAGAUCUGCAACAUAUCUGCAAAAGGAAUCAGUACAAUAAGGUACAAGUGCUCAGUGUUGGAAUAUUGCCAUUGCUUAUUAAGUUAAUCGGAUACAAAAAUAGAGAUGUCAGAUGUGGAGCCCUGGAACUAUUACUACAAUUGGCUGAGGAAGACAACGAAAGAAAGGAAAUGAUUGCUAAUGCAAUGGAUUUAUCAACGCUACUGGCGUUGUUAUCAAGUAGCCACCAGUCCGUUCGGCAUGCAUCAUUGCUUCUCUUGCUUGAGCUUUCAAGAGGUCAAGCUUUGGGUGAAAAAAUUGGGUCAGCAACUGGAGCCAUUUUGAUUCUGAUCAGAAUCAAAUAUAACCAUCAGGUCGAUCACUUUGCUUCACAAAAAGCAGAUGAAAUUUUAAAGAACCUGGAGAGAUUUCGAGACAACAUAAAGCAGAUGGCAGAGUAUGGGUUCUUGGACCCUCUUUUGAAUCAUCUAACCGUAGGUUCCAAGGAGGUGCAAAUGGAAAUGGCAAGCUACUUAGGGGAAAUCAUACUUGGUAAUGACAGCAAAACUUAUGUGGCCGAGAGGGCUUCUCCUAGUCUCUUUAAAAUGGUGCAAAGUGGUAACACCAUUAUCAGAAAGGCAGCAUUUAAGGCUUUAGCACAAAUCUCAUCUCACCAUCCAAAUGCCCGGAUACUAGUAGAAGCUGGUAUUGUCCAAAUUAUGGCUGAAGAGAUGUUCGCUCGUAGGAUAUAUGAUGAACCAAUGAACUCAAAGAAAGAAGCUGCUGCAAUACUUGCUAAUAUUCUCGAGUCGGGGGUUGAGCAUGAUAGCAUCCAAGUAAAUCCUCAUGGCCACAGGAUAAGUUCAGAUUAUGUUGUCUAUAACAUUAUCUGCAUGCUUAAAAACUCCACAGCUCAUGAACUCGACAUCAAUCUCAUCAGAAUCCUCUUAUGCCUCACAAAGUCACCCAAGUCAAUGGCAACAAUUGUCUCAGUUGUGAAUGAGACUGAAGCAAGCUACACUCUCAUUGAACUCAUCAAUACCCAACAUGAACAACUUGGGAUUGCAGCAAUCAAGCUACUCAUUACCCUUGCAUCACAUGUCGGUAACACACUAGCAGAGAGGCUCUGCAAAACCAGGGGGCAGCCUGAGAGUUUAAUUGAGAGCCAGACAGAAACUAACCACAUCACUGAGAAGCAGGCAGUUUCAGCAAAAUUCCUAGCAAAACUCCCCCAACAGAAUCUAACACUCAACCUUGCUCUUCUGCACAAGAAUGUUGUCCCCACGAUCCUUCAGAGAAUCAUUUUGAUCCAAAGAAGUGGAAUAAGAACUAGCAGGCAUGCAACUGUUUACUUAGAGGGCCUAGUUGGGAUUCUUGUUAGAUUCACAACUACACUGUAUGAACCACAGAUCUUGUUUUUAGCAAAAGCUCACAACCUCACAUCGGUGUUCACGGAAUUGCUCACAAAGACAUCCAGUGAUGAAGUUCAAAGAUUAUCAGCAACUGGACUAGAGAAGCUCUCAUUAGAGACAGUUAAACUAUCAAAGCCACCAAAAAUUAAGAAAACCAAGCUUACAAACUUGUUCCACCUGCCAAAGCUUCUAUCUUCCAGUUUAUCAAAAAGGAGAAAGAUACCAUUACUGUGUCCAGUUCAUAGAGGGGUAUGUUCUUCAGAAACCACAUUUUGUUUGAUUGAUGCAAACGCUAUCGAAAGGCUAUUGGCGUGCCUGGAUCAUGAGAAUAACGAGGUAGUUGAAGCUUCAUUGGCAGCUAUAUGUACUUUGCUGGACGACAAUGUUGAUGUGCACAUGAGUGUGAGCCUGUUGAGUGAAGUAAAUGCUAUUCAACAUAUCUUGAAUGUGGUGAAAGAGCACAGACAAGAGGGCCUGUGGCAGAAAUCAUUUUGGAUGAUUGAAAAAUUCCUAGUUAAAGGUGGAAAUAAGUCAGCUUCAGACAUAUCACAGGAUAGGUUACUGCCUGCCUCAUUGGUUAGUGCUUUUCAUCAUGGGAAUGGUAGUACAAGGCAGAUAGCUGAGAAUAUUUUAAGACACUUAAAUAGGAUGCCAAACACCUCAACUAGUUAUUACACCAUGUAAAAAAGAUACCCCAGAUUCACUCCGAUGUUAAGUUAAAGCACCUGCCUUUAUGAAGUACACCCCUUUAUUAUAGUAUCAAUCAUUCUAAGUUGUUUCAGAAAGGAAAAAGAAAAACUUAAUUUGUGUUAUACUGUCAAAUUGUCUACCAAAUCUAUAAAUCUUAUUAACCAGAGAUGACAGAUAUGCUAGGACGAUGUUUUCAAGUUCAACUCACUCAGACAAAUUUAUCAUUAUUAUAGUCUAAGAUCAAUCCAUGAUACAUUUCAUAUUUCUCUUUUAAAGGAACUUGAGCAAGUUUUAAACGGUGGAAAUGCUAUUGCACAAAAAAGGGAGAAAUGUAGUGGAGGAUUUUGGUCAAAGAGGCAAUCCUUUCCAAGUUUUGACGUACCCAGAAGUCCCAGAAAUACUGAUUAGCCAUGGAGACAUGAACUAGAGAAAUAGACAGCAAGGUAGCAAAGAAAAUUAGCCUUGGCAUGUAGCAGAACCAAAUGAUCUGUGAAAUAUUUGUGGGUUUUUGGCAGGCAGGAUUCAGCCGGCAGCCUGUCAAAUACAGUCGUUGACAUAAUAACCGUUGUUUCAACAUUCAAUGCAUCUUCCUGAUAAUACCUUCCGAGACCAAGUCCUUUUUAUGCGAAUAAUCCAGUGAUUUGGUCAUUUGAAUAGUUAGCCAAAGGUUUGAUCUACUCAUCAUCAGUUUUGGGCAUAGAAAACAGCAUCACCAGAAAUCUCCACACGAGCAUGUUCCAUUUUUAAACAAGUGGAAGCGGACAGCAUCUCUUACUAGUAUCUCUCUCUGUGUUAUCUUAGAAAUAUACUUAGUCGCAUUAUGGCAAUCCCCACACACCCUAAGAUUUUUAACUAUCCGUAUGGGAAGCCCGGGAGGGAUAAAUAUCAACCCAAAUGCAAUUGCAAGCCUCUCACUGUGGUAAUUAAGCAUCUUUUUCUUUUCUGAUUCCUCAACAUCAUGAAGAACAGUACUCAGAUCCGGUACAUAACCCUCUUCUAUCAUCUUGAGGUUUAGUUUGUCAAGCUCAGCAUAUAUCCGAUCUGAAAACGGACUUGUCUGGUCAUCUGCUGAGAAAAUGUGCACUUUGCCUUUAUAUUUGAUCCAACUGCAUCCCGGUUCCUUUCUCACUCCUUUAUUUCUCAUUCCCCUCCUUAAUUCUGACACAUAAUCCCAUUUUCCUUUAGCAGCAUAUAUGCUUGAGAGUAAGAUGUAACCUGCAGGAUUGCUGGGCUCUAGUUCCUGAAGGGAUGCAGCUGCCCAUUUCCCAACUUCCAAGUUACCAUGCAGUCUACAUGAGCUAAGUAAGGUGGACCAACCAAUUGCAUCAGGAGGCAUAGGCAUUUUGUUUAUAAAGCAUCUUGCUUCCUCUAACCUUCCAGCUCGGCUAAGAAGGUCAAUCAUGCAAGUAUAAUGAUCAACAACGGGCAUGAUUCCAUGUUCUUUUACCAUUGACUCAAAAUACUGAUACCCUUUUUCCACUAGUCCUGCCCUACUGCAAGCUGAUAGAACACCAACAAAAGUAACUUCAUCAGGUUUUAGACCAUGAGCUAACAUUUUUUGAAACAAAUCAAUUGUUUCAUUGGCUUUACCAAACUGAGCAUACCCUGACACCAAUGCAGUCCAGGAAACUUCAUCCCUAAAAUUCAUCUCAUUGAAAAGCCGGUUAGCUUCUUCUAUACUUCCACAUUUGCUAUAUAAAGUAACAAGUGCAUUAGAAACUGUUGUGAAAGAAAUUAAGCCAGAAACUAUUGCUUGGCCAUGAAAUUGUGAACCCUCUUCUAAGCUUGCUAGGUUUGCACAUGAGCUAAUUACACUUCCUAGAGUAUAAUAAUCAGGGUUGAUGUCAUUUCUCUGCAUGUCAUCAAAGACUCUAAUAGCUUCUUCACUGUACCCAUUCUGGCCAUAACCGACUAGCAGUGCAGUCCAGGACACAACAUUCUUGUGGGUCAUCCUCUUGAAAACUGCCUCGGCAGACGCUAUCCUUUUGCACUUGCAAUACAUGUCAACAAGUGCACUGCCUACAAAGACAUUAUCCAUAUGAUUAGCUCUAAUUACAAAAGCAUGAGCUUGCUUGCCUUCUUUCAGGGCCAUUAAACCCCCACAGGCCGUCAACAUACUUCCAAAGGUAAACUGAUCCAUAACCAAGCCUUCUGUCCUCAUCUCUCUGAACAAAUCAAUAGCCUCUUUAUACAAAUCAUUCUGAGUCAAUCCCGUGAUCAUAGUAGUCCAAGAAAUGGGAUCUUUUUCCCGCAUACUGUGAAACAACGACCAGGAAUCCUCCACCAUACCACACCUCAAAAACCCAGUAAUCAUUGUGUUAUACAUUACCACAUUCCGCUCUGGCGUUUCAUCAAAAACUUGUUUUGCAUCAUAAACAAACCCCGCCUUUGAAUACAUAUCCAUCAAAGGACAACCCACAAACAGAUAAGAUCCAAACCCAAACUUCACAAUCUGCCCAUGAAUUUGCCUACCCAAAUCAAUACACCCUUGACUAGAAGACAAUAUAAGCAUAGUAGAAAACGUAAUCCUAUUCAAAUUAGCUGCUUCAUCCCCCAACAUUGAAUUAUAACCCUUCACAGCAUCAGUUACCAAGGCACGAGAAGCAUACCCCGAAAUAAGGGAAUUCCAAGAAACCCCAUCACGCUUAGGCAUGCGGUUAAAUAUAUCAUUCAUGUCUGAAAGAUUCCCAGACUUCGAAUAAGUAAAAAGAAUAGUGUUCCAUGAAAAGAGAUUUGGUUGGGGAAUUUUAUCAAACACGUUGCGUGCGUAGGUCAAAUCCCCUAGUUUACUGUAUGCAUUAACAAGAUUGUUUAAUAGGAAUGUUUCAGGGUCUUUUAUGGUUCUAAGAAUGUGGCAAUGGAUUUUCUUUGCCUGGGACCGGUUUCGGGUCUCGGUGCAGAUUUUCAGUAAUGAACAGUAGUAGUUAGAGUUGGAAGACAUUUUCUGUCUAUUGAAAACAAUUAGUUGGCGGGAAUUGGCGUUGGCCCUUUUCGGCCUAAAAUAAGAGUAAAAGAUACAUAUAUAUAUAUAUAUAUAUAUAUCAGCUGGUUUCGGUGUGUUUUAUCGGCCUGUUUGAGGCAUUGGGUUUUUUCUGGGAAGCUCUUUGUUGGACUGGAUGCUGUCAAAUUUUUUAUACAAGGAAAGGGUUAUCCAAAGAUCGAUAUCAGCUGGAAAAUAUCAAGUAAGUCAACACUUGAAUUCAUUUGACUUAGUUACGAAAUAAAACCGUAAGUGGUUUCGAAGAGGGGAAAAAAUGAGUAGUAAGAUUGAAGAACAUUAUGUGUCCUUAAAAAGUUAAUAAACAAAUUGCAACUUACAUCUCUUAACUGAACAAAAUACAUCUCUUUCAUCACUAAAUUACAGUAAGACAUCAUCUAAGAAUACUAGAUAACACAUUACUCAUAUAUCACAAAAGAUUUCCAUAUUAUCAAUCUAUACAAUCAUACAAAUGUAUCACUUCCCUAACAUUACAGUUAACGAACGA